GCCGGGGCCGGCGCUAUGCGCAGACUCGGCUCCUGGAUCAAGAUGGCGGCGGCGGAUAAACAGAAGCACGAGCACGGGCGGGUGAAGAUCGGCCACUAUAUCCUGGGUGACACGCUGGGCGUUGGCACCUUCGGCAAGGUCAAGGUUGGCAAACAUGAGUUAACAGGACACAAAGUGGCAGUGAAGAUUUUAAAUCGACAAAAGAUUCGCAGCCUUGAUGUAGUAGGAAAAAUCCGCAGAGAGAUUCAGAAUCUCAAGCUUUUUAGACAUCCGCAUAUAAUUAAAUUGUACCAGGUCAUCAGCACACCAACCGACAUCUUCAUGGUGAUGGAAUAUGUUUCAGGUGGAGAAUUGUUUGAUUAUAUUUGUAAAAAUGGAAGGCUUGAUGAGAAGGAGAGUAGACGUCUGUUCCAGCAAAUCCUUUCUGGUGUGGAUUAUUGCCACAGACAUAUGGUAGUACAUAGAGAUCUGAAACCUGAAAAUGUACUGCUUGAUGCACACAUGAAUGCCAAGAUAGCUGAUUUUGGUCUAUCAAAUAUGAUGUCAGAUGGAGAAUUUUUACGAACAAGUUGUGGUUCUCCUAACUAUGCUGCACCAGAAGUAAUUUCAGGAAGAUUGUAUGCAGGUCCAGAAGUAGAUAUUUGGAGCAGUGGGGUUAUUCUCUAUGCUCUCUUGUGUGGAACCCUUCCAUUUGAUGAUGAUCAUGUGCCAACGCUUUUUAAGAAGAUAUGUGAUGGUAUCUUUUAUACCCCUCAGUACCUGAAUCCGUCUGUGAUUAGCCUUUUGAAACACAUGCUGCAAGUGGAUCCCAUGAAGAGAGCUACAGUGAGAGAUAUUAGGGAGCAUGAGUGGUUUAAGCACGAGCUUCCCAAGUACCUCUUUCCUGAAGACCCAUCAUACAGCUCCACCAUGAUUGAUGAUGAAGCCUUAAAAGAGGUGUGUGAGAAGUUUGAAUGUGCAGAAGAGGAGGUGUUAAGUUGUCUAUAUAGCCGAAAUCACCAGGACCCUUUAGCAGUUGCUUAUCACCUCAUUAUAGAUAACAGAAGAAUAAUGAAUGAGGCCAAAGACUUCUACUUGGCUACAAGCCCACCAGAUUCUUUUCUUGAUGAUCACCAUUUGUCUCGUCCUCAUCCGGAAAGAGUGCCAUUUCUAGUAGCUGAAACGCCCCGUCCUCGCCACACACUUGAUGAGCUAAAUCCACAAAAAUCAAAGCACCAGGGUGUAAGAAGAGCGAAGUGGCACUUGGGAAUUCGGAGCCAAAGUCGACCAAAUGACAUCAUGGCAGAAGUUUGUCGUGCAAUUAAACAGCUGGAUUAUGAAUGGAAGGUUGUAAAUCCAUACUACUUACGGGUUCGAAGGAAGAAUCCAGUGACUAGCACGUAUUCCAAAAUGAGUCUACAGCUAUAUCAAGUGGACAGUAGGACAUACUUACUGGACUUCCGUAGUAUCGAUGAUGAAAUUACUGAAACAAAGUCUGGGACUACAACUCCACAGAGAUCGGGCUCAGUGAGCAACUAUAGAUCUUCAGAUGUUGAUGCACAAGGAAAGUCUGUAGAUAUGUCCAGUACCUCAUCAGUGACCUCUUCACUUGACUCUUCUACAUCUGACUUGACUCCGAGACCAGGAAGUCAUACAAUAGAAUUUUUUGAGAUGUGUGCAAAUCUUAUUAAAAUACUUGCACAAUAAUUUUAAAGAUUGGCUUAUUUCUUUUACAGCAAUAAGCAUGCCUAAAUCAUAGUCAAAUGCUUCCAAUUAUAAUCAAGUUUAAAUUAAGGCGCUGAAAAACCUAGCCACAUAAUGCGAUUUGCACAGGAACUGAAACAUGAUUAUGGGCAGUUAGACCUGCAACACACGCUGAAGCUGAAGUGAAUUAUGAUUGUUCACUGUCCAGUAGUAAAUACAGGUACAAUAAAUUAUAGGCCCUUUUGGCAGAGUCCUUAACAUUUUACAUUGAGUGCACACUAGAAUUCAUAGAACUUUUUAUUGAACCAUGCAGAUUUUUUUUGUCUUUAUGGUGGUGAUACAUAUUUUUUUUGCAGUGUAAGUAAAUGUUCACCUCUUAGCCCUAUGACCUAUCAAAGUGACUUACUGGUCACAAUCUAUAACUGUGCCUCAAUUUUUAUCAGUAUGAACUGUUCAGUUAUUUUAAGAGCAGUAACAUUUAAACUGCUGUGGUAUUCAUUCAACUUAUUUGGCAGUAAAUAAACUAUUCACCCAGAACAGCCUAAAGCAAAUUAUAACAUACUGCUUCUUAAUAACUCUCAGAUUUUGAUAAGUGUGUUGGAGAAUCCAACCAGUUGGUAUUUCUUAAGGAUUUAAAUACUUUGUAAGCACUGGGUGAAGUAAUAUGGGCUGCGUAAGGUCAGUAGAACAGAGUGCUCUCCUCAUGCAUUUGGGGGGGAAGGAAGGGGGAUGACUUCUCAGCUAGUUCAUGCUGUAGAACAGUUCCACAGGAGAUGACUCUUUCCAGUGGGUUUAUGAUCUGUGCAGGUUAACUAGUAGUUUUAAGUGUAGCAGCGGUGCAGCAUCUCCAAAAGUGCUGUUACAGGCUGAGCGAUUUUGUUUAUUAGAGCCGUGUGCAUGGUAAAGAGCAUGCACCACAGGUUAGCAUAUGCUUUUUCCCGAAUUUUGCACUGAGUUCAAAUGAUCAGUGUUUAAUACUUCCUAGACCUAGUUCUUUAUAAAAUUGAUGAGUUGGCAUAUAUGGUACAGGUUUCACUUUGCUGUUGAAGCUGUUUUAUCUAGACCAGAAUGCUCAAGUAACUUUUUAUAGCACAUCUUGACACUUUAAUUGAGAGAUCCUAAAGUUGACAGCGCAGUUGAGUCCUAUUUAAACUGAAACAUAUCUGAUUCAUGCAGAUAAAAGUAUAGACUUGAUUGCUAAUAUUCAACUGAGAUUCCCAUGUCAAAAAUAUAGGCAUGAUUUUAGUGGGCAGUAACAAACAAGCUAGUGCUUCUAAACUUGAGCAGUGUUUCAGAAAAGAAUUGACUCUUAAGUUAGGGCAAUCAACAUAUGCACAUAGUGGAAGCAUUUUUUAAGCAUGUCUCAUCUGCAGUUGGAAGUACUUACUGCUUUUCUCCAUCAUCUAGCUAUGACAGUUUUAAGUGUAAAACAGUAUUUGUGUAUUCCAGAAAAAAUGUUUAAUCUCGCAUUUCAGAAUUGUAAAAAUGAAAUCCACGAGAUCUUCAGUCCCACAAAGAUUUCCUCUUUAAAUACCACUAUAGUCAACGAAAAAAUUAAUAUAUAGUGUGAAAUAUUGACUCAACUGAAGCUUAUGGUAACAUUGUCAGUGACUUCAGUGGAUCUAGGGUUUUGCCUACUGUGAACUGCUAAAUAAGUAUGAUACAAUCUUGGCCAGAAGCAGAUCUCUUAAGUGUUGCUAAUAUAUACUGACUUGGAAGAAACCAUGCACCUGUUUUAAAUCUAGGAUCUGCUAAAUUUGCAUUAUGAAUCUGGGAGUUGUAUGGUCUGUCCAAUAAGUAGGUACAACUUCUGUUUUCCUGUCUUCAAGAUAGUGUCACGUAGUGUUGUAAUCCUGCAUUACAAGGACUUUAUCCCAAAAUGAAAGAUUUAAUUUUAGUGUUAAAAUGAAGCAUUUCUACAGCUGAGAUUUUUGUAAUGGAUGUUUAGCUUGGGAGGGGGACCAAUAGCUAAACUUACUUCCUAAAGCCUUUUUUUUUAAAGAAAGUAUUGGUUGUGAUGCAUUUCUUCAAUAACUUAUUGUGAUCCCUUUUUGUUACGCUGUUUUUUUUAAUUUUCAAAUUGUUAAGCAUUGCACUUAUGCAAUACAAAUGCACAGUUUCUUUUUUUAUUACAGUAUUUCUUCUUUUGAAAUCUAUUUGGGAUUAGUUAAAAUAUCUCUUGAAAAUAUAUUAAAAUUAAACUUUCUAAAAAAUAUAGACUCCUGAUUGCAAAUAUUUUGUAGUGCUGAACACACAUGUUAAGGGAUCAGGGUGCAAAUUGCCUUUACAUUUUUAUACUUUUUCAGCCCUUUUAAGCUUUAAGGCAACCAUGUUUUUACUUUGUCUUGGUAUCUGGAGGUUAAAAUAAGUUCCUGGCAGAAAUAUACUGUAUACAUAGUUUUAAAUAAAGUAAACAUUAUUGGAACGAUAAAUCAGUUUUGAUGGCCAAAAGUUUUCUCAAGUGCAGUUUUUAUACAGGCUGGGGGUGGGAGAAAUGGGACUGUAAUUAAUUUGUUUCUUGCAAAAUUUCAUUAAUCUGCAUAACCACACACAUUUUAGAUCUUAGUGAUCUUGCAAUGAAGUCAAAAUGAAGUUCUUGAAACAUUUGCUAGUAUCUGCCAAUAGGUUGUGA